AUGGCCACAAUGCUAAUAAUAAACCAUAUGUGUUUUGUUAUGAUUACGUCCUUGUUAUUGUUCGCUUUUCCAACAGCAAACUCGAUUCCAGUCGAAGACAUUGACAAGCUAUGCAAAGAGACUACUGACGUCACCUUCUGCCUCCAAUCCAUCGGAGAUGAUCCACGAACACUUGCCGCACGUAAUCUCCGCGACGUGCUUUUAAUUGCGAUAUCGCAGUCAAAAGUGCAAGUGGACGACGCAACCACCCAUCUUAGCACAGUCAGUGGAAAGUUCACUGGUCCGAAUGGGAAGAGACGGAUCAAGGUUUGCAAGAAGGAUUACGGAAUCGCUUCGGCUAGGUUUCAGACUGCUUGGGAACUCACACUUAAAAAAUCGUAUUGGGACAUGGAGAAAAUGGUAAGUCUUGGCACCAACGCUGUGGUCGACUGCGAAAACGUAUGGAGAAGGGAUGGUCCGAUACAAACGUCACCACUCACUUCCUAUAACAUGAACGUUUUCAAGCUCUCUGGAAUCAUUCUUCUUAUUUUCCAAAAGCUUAUACAAUAACUUUAAUUUGUACCGGAAUUUUGAUAUUGCAUGACAAACGACCUUAGUUACGUGUAAUAAAAGUUGGGAAA